AUGCGUUUCACAGCCACCUUCCUCGUCCUGGCUCUCGCCGGUCUCUCCCCCGCCAUGGCCGCUCACCGGGCCAUAUGUACAAACAACACUAACGGCACUGGUGGGACCAACGUCCAGGUCACUAAGGACUGCUGUGCUGCCACUAGAGAGCAUAAGUCUACUGCCUUCAACGAAGCUGCUAAAGAAUGCCAAGACGCUCUUGGCGCUGGGAACGGACUCAACUUGGGUAGAUUCGUUGCGUGCUGCGGUAGCCGUGGCGCUGGAAGCUCUGGCAGUUGA